CCACCAUGGAGUUUUAGUAUUUCCAAUCCACUCUUUGGACAAUGGGGUCAGGAUGGCAGGUAAAGUUUUUUCAAACGCUUCUGUGUGCUUGUAGUGUUUCUGUGUCCUUUCACCUCUCUGUGAAGAGAGAGUCAUGGAGGGAAAGGGUUCACCAGCGAGCUGAACAUCCCAUUGAGCACAUGGAUCAGAACCCUGCAGCACAGGCACCCCCAGAGAAGGACCCCAUGUUUGAGUGGAAUAGCCAGCUGGUGCAGUCACGUCGAGAUUUUAGGGACAAACCUUUAGUGGCAAAGACUCCCAAAAUGCCAGAGACUCUUCAGAUGGUUGAUCCUAUAGUUCGCAGAGAAGGAGUGCAAGUACCCCAGAGACCACUGAUGAUGGAUCUUCCAAAGGAUGGGUCAAGAAACCAGCCUGGUCGGUCUUCUCAAAAUCCACGACGUUCUACGACCACAGCUACCCAAAGACCACUAUCUUAUGAGGUGAAUGCUUCCCAAAGACAACUGAAUGAUCGUCUUGUUCAGAUCCCUGUAAAACAAGAACUCCAGAGACCCCUGAUGAUGAAUCUUCCAAUGGGUGUCACAUUUGGUGGGUCAAGAAACCAGCCUGGUCAGUCCUCUCAAGAUCCACGUCAUCCUGCUACCCAGAGACCACAACCUUAUGAGGUGAAUGCUUCCCAAAGACAACUGAAUGAUCGUCUUGUUCAGAUCCCUGUAAAACAAGAACUCCAGAGACCCCUGAUGAUGAAUCUUCCAAUGGGUGUCACAUUUGGUGGGUCAAGAAACCAGCCUGGUCAGUCCUCUCAAGAUCCACGUCAUCCUACUACCACAGCUACCCAGAGACCACUAUCUUAUGAGGUGAAUGCUUCCCAAAGACAACUGAAUGAUCGUCUUGUUCAGAUCCCUGUAAAACAAGAACUCCAGAGACCACUGAUGAUGGAUCUUCCAAUGGGUGUCAUGUUUGCUGGGUCAAGAAGCCAGUCUGGUCAAUCCUAUGAGGGCCCACAACAUUCCCAGAAACCACAACCAUCCGAAACAAGUGCUUCCAGAAAGCACUCCAGUCAAACUUGGCAACCUUCUCCAGCACAGAGUUCCCAAAGGCCGCAGCUAACUGCUCUGGAAACUCUUCAGAAGGACCAGAAGACCGAACUUCGGCAACCCGAGACUCCGCAGUCAGUCACUGCUGUGUGUGGAGAGGAGUUGCUCCAGCUGACUGUGAAGAUGGACUUCCUGGGCACUGGUCACCUUAUUAAUCCAGCUGACAUCACCUUGGGUGGCUGUGCUCCAACUAGGCUGGAUGAAUCUCAGCAAGAGCUAUUGUUUGAGACCGCACUGCAUGAGUGUGGAGGCACAGCUCAGAUGUUUGAGGAUGAGGUGGUGUAUACCUUCUCAUUGAAUUACACUGCUCAACCAGUUGGAGAUAGCCCUAUUGUGAAGACCAAUGACGCUACUGUCAGGAUAGACUGCUACUAUGAUCGGUUCCAUAAUGUGAGUAGUAAUGCUUUAAGACCCACAUGGACCCCUUACCAAUCCUCCCAGCUGUCUGAUGGGAGUUUGGACUUCUCUCUGAGACUUAUGACUGAUGAUUGGCAGUAUGAGAGGCUCUCCACAAAGUACUUCCUGGGGAACAUGAUUAAGAUUGAGGCCUCAGUCCGGGUGGAGAAUCAUGUGCCCUUGCGUGUUUAUGUGGAUAGCUGUGUGGCUGCAGUACAACCAGAAAUACAAUCUGGCACAAGCUAUGUACUCAUUGAGAAGCAUGGGUGUCUGUCUGACUCCAAACUCAUGGCUUCCCGCUCCCAGUUCAUGCCCAGAAAACAGGAUGAAAAGCUACAGAUGGAGAUUGAGGCUUUCAGAUUUGCAGAUGAAAGCAGUGAUUCGUUCUAUAUCAUUUGCAAUCUGCAAGCAGUUUCAGCUGCUGCAGUGAGUGGCCACAAAGCCUGCCACUAUAGCAUGGAAAAUGACAGGUGGAACAAUGCUGAUGGAAAUAAUGAGGUCUGUAGUUGCUGUAAUGCAGAGACAUGCCCCAUCAGGAUGACCAGAGCUGCUGAAGAUGUAAAGGGGCGUCUGGUGAAGCUUGGACCAAUAUCUGUUGAGGAGAAGACCAGUUAGAGGGAGUCUUUCUGAGAAGUGAAUAGUCUAUUCUACUAGUGCUCUGUAGUGGUAACAGGACUUAUUUAUAAUUAAACUUCAGGUUAAGGGACCUUGUUCUGAACAGCCAUUUUUCCACUGUGUAGUGCGAAAGAGUUAAACGUAUGUAAUCCCAGUCAGGAUAUUUAAGAUGCAUUUAGUGUCUUUGUAAUUUUCUUUUAAUAAAACUCAAUGUAUUAAUGGAA